GUUCCACGGACGUUUCUGUGAUGAGAGUGACGCUUUCUCCAUGCAGUAAGGAACCUUGCGUUAUUGUUAGGGGGAAAACAAUCCGUGUCGAAAUUGAGUUCGUGGCAGACAGAGACAUCGCUACCGAACUCCCCGAAAUCCGGGGUUCAUCUGGGCACGGGCCGCAGGUGCUACAAUUCCCGGAAGGCGGCAUUUGUGCUCACCUGAGUCCAUCUUGCCCCAUUAAAGCUAGAAAAUUCUACGCUCUACUUUACAGGCCCAGAGUGAACUUGCAGAGCAGGC